UGUGCCGCUGUCUAACCGAGCAACCGCAGGCAGGCCGGCGGCUGCACCGCAAACUGCUCAGCCUCACGCGAACCAUGGCAUGAGAGCCGAGCGGCAUGGCGGAGGGUGAAAAGCGGAAAGGCAGCCGGCAGCGCGAGCACAAUCUUCAGAUAAAGUCUCCAGCCGGAUGCAGGUUGACUCACGACAUCAGCUUGGGUGAGUUUGAAGAUGACGACCUGUCAGAGAUUACCGAGAUCACCGACGAACGUGGGAUGAGCCUCAACUGCAAUGGCCCGGAUAUUAAGGGCCAUGUGAGGCGAGGGACCAAUAGCAGGCCGGGGAGGGCGGAGCUCGGCGCCGUUGGACAGCUCCAGGCGGAGAUGCUGCAUUUGGAUCUCAUUGAUGGUGCUGACGGUUUCCGCGGUGAUAAAGAGUCCUCCAAGGCCUCCAUCGCACCUCCGCCAGUCACCAAGGACCCUACAGUACCUGUUACCAUGGAUACCUACCGGCCGAAGAGACCUACGACCCUUAACCUCUUUCCAAUUGUGCCCCGCACGCAGGACACGUUAAACAACAAUUCCUUUGGCAAGAAAUACACGUGGCAGGAUAAAGUUGCGGGCUCAUCUUCACCUCUCAAAACGGGUGAGCUAACGCCUCCGCGCGAGCACAGCUGUCUGAGCGACGAGGACAAGGUACGCGGCGCCGCGCAGACCAAAGACCGAGGCACCUCCACCGACGCCCCCUGCGGGAACUCGCACGCACCCGGACGUUCACAGAGCUCCGCGUCGACGCGGCCAAAGUUUCAGGAGAAGCCGCCUGCGCCGCCACCGCCGCCGCAGAAUUACAAACCGGCUCCGCUCUAUCCGGCGGGAAAGUUGGAUGCGAGCGGCCAUCGGCAGGAGAGGCUGCAGUACCCCUCGGAGGCUCCUUUGGAGCCCACAGAGGAGAUCUACCUGACCCCGGUGCCGCGCUGUUCCGACCCUUCGGAACCUGUUUGUACGCAGGACCGACCUUUCCUGUCGCAGCUGAGCGAGCAAGGUCGUAUGUCCAUUAGCUCCGAUACAGAAGGCCCGCCUCCUUACCAGCCGCUACCCGACCAGUCCAACUCGUCCAUCUACGAGGAGGACGAAGCCUACAUCGCGCCGCCUUCUUACGCAUCUUGCGUGGAGUCGCUCAUCACGCCGCCUAGCGUGGCUCUGUCAACUCAUCCUACCGCGGCGCUGGACUUUAGCCUCAAGGGGUCAGGAACGGGGGCAGGGGCAAUGCUGAGAACUGGCUCGUCAGUCGAGUACGUGGACGCCACGGACGAAAGCUACUGCGGGGAAGACGAGGAUGUGGAUCGAAUCAUCAUAAACGAAAGAAUAAAGAAAGUGGUGGCAAAGGUGAACGGGGGCAACGGCAGAGCCGCCCCGCUAAGGACUUCCAUGAGCUCAGACGCCAGCGGUUUGUCGUACGAUUCGGUCAAAUACACCUUGGUGGUGGACGAGCACGCUCAACUGGAACUUGUCAGUUUGAGACAGUGUUACCAAGGUUACAGCGACGACAGCGAUUCGGCCACCGUCUACGACAACUGCGUCUCGUCUCCCUACGGGUCGGCCAUCGGGGAAGAGUACGAGGAGGCGGACGAAGAGGAAGAUUGUGCACGUUUGGGGGGGGUCAGACGAGAGGCCACGGCUUGUCUGUCCGAAGACUCCACGCCGGACGUCGACUUGCAUUUCUCCAAGAAGUUCCUCAACGUCUUUAUGAACGGGCGAUCGAGCUCAUCGAGUGCUGAGUCUUUUGGUUUAUUUUCCUGCACCAUAAACGGAGAGGAGCAGGAUCAGAGCCACAGAGCUGUCUACAGGUUUGUCCCGAGGCACGAUGAUGAGUUAGAGCUGGAAGUGGACGAUCCAUUGCUUGUGGAGGUACAAGGGGAGGAUUACUGGUACGAGGGCUUCAACAUGAGAACGGGUGCCCGGGGGAUCUUCCCUGUUUAUUAUGCUAUCGAGGUGACCAAGGAGACCGAUAGCUUCAAAGCAAAGAGCAGUGAGUGGCUUGACCGGUACCGGCUAAAAUUCCUGGGCUCAGUCCAAGUGCCCUACCACAAAGGAAACGACGUUCUUUGUGCAGCUAUGCAGAAGAUUGCCACCAACAGAAGGAUGACAGUUAAGCACAACCCGCCUUCCUCCUGUAUUCUGGAAAUCAGUGUCAAGGGAAUCAAACUGGCCGUUCAUGAGGAUUAUUACUCCUGUGAUCGAAGUAACGAGUGCAGUCACUUUUUCCAAUUGAAGAAUGUCUCCUUCUGCGGUUAUCACCCGAAAAAUUGCAAAUAUUUUGGUUUCAUAACAAAGCACCCGGCAGACCAGAGAUUUGCCUGCCAUGUGUUUGUGUCCGAAGAUUCCACCAAAGCUGUGGCAGAGUCAGUAGGGAAAGCCUUUCAGCUGUAUUACAAAGAAUUCGUGGAGUUCUCAUGCCCCACAGAAGAUAUUUACUUGGAGUAGCCAAGUCCCGCCUUCAACCAGAGCCCUGUACAGCGCACUGUAUCAUAACAUGGUGUUGCAUGAAGGAUAUAUUUUAGAAAAUAACAAAACAUCUGAGGAGCAAGCAGAAGAAGAAAGGAAGAAGCCAAAGGAGUGCUUUCGAGGCAAGAAAUAUUAUGCAAAAUGAUAGUGGGGUGCACACACACAUACACACACACACACACACACACACACGAGUGCAGCUUUCAGCUAAGUAGCAGUCGCCCCAGAAGGUGGAAACAGAAGCCGACCGACUGCCUUUACUUGCACCGAGCCAACGUUGUUUAUAUUUGUGAAGUUCACAGAGGGUGACUUUUUGACCUUGAGGAUUUAAUGGCGUGCAUAAACAACAACAUGGUGGAAAGUAGGCUAGAAUCCAACAAAACUAAUCUCGAGGAGCACUGAUGACACCCGCAGCUGCUUCUUAUUAUCUUAUUGUAUUUUUAGAAUCCAGACACAUUGUGCUCCACUGGUGUGUUCCAAAAACAAAAGUGUUAGACAUCACGUUUAGACUCAAGACAGCGACGCAGCUACGCGCGAGCAGAGAACUUCACAACUAGUGCCUCUUUUUCAUCUUUCAUUAGGACCUUCUCCAUCUUGCGUUUGAAAUAAUGCUAAAUGAUGAUGCUAUUGACUGUGUGAAGGAAGAUUGUGAUGAUGUUGUGAUUUGAUGAUGCAUCCCCCACUACCCCUUACAUGUGCGGGUUCCGCUGAAACGACAAUAUUGUUCAAAGCAUGCACGUUUCGUUUCCCGGUAUGUGUUUGUUAUCGUGAGGAUGGUUUUGGAAUCAAGGGUCAUGAGAAGCGACGCCAAACACAAGAAUGAAUAGCAAAACAGCAGUGGGGACAACAAACAAGGUUCUACAUUCUCUAGAUCGUUAUAUAUAUUGAACAGAAUGUUUCUAAAAUGCAGAAUUCUCAUAAGCAUCUUCAAGCUCCGCCCCCUCAUUAGUUCCUCAGAAUAAUCUCUGCUGUUGCUAAUCAUAUCGUGACUUUUGUACAGCCAGACAGAACAAGCAACGAUGUGGGGGGGCUACGCAAAAGGUGUACAGAUCCGCCAUAUAAAUUUAUUAACUGUAAUUAUAAACACUGUACUGAUUUAACAUGUGAGUGAAAUCUCUUUAUUUUUGAUUUUUUUUAGG